UAGCGAACAGCUGAAACACAACGCAACGAAACGCGAACCGAGAGACGCGACGAGAAAUCCGAAAAGAAAAGUAAACUUUCGCAAAAUGAGCCUGCAAAAUGUCUGCCGCAAGGGAAAAGCGUUCCACCUAUUAAACGCCUCCAGAAAACUUCAAUGCAGGGCUUUAUCGGCCGCGGUGGCUGCUCCACAGCCCAAGCAGAAGAACAGUCAGAACAUCGUGCUGGUGGACGGUGUCAGGACUCCUUUCCUGACCUCCGGCACUGCCUACUCCAAGCUGAUGCCCCAUGAACUGGCCAGACACUCACUCCUGUCACUGUUGCAAAAGAAUCGCCUGGACAAGGAGCUGAUCGACUACAUCGUCUAUGGCAGCGUUAUCCAAGAGGUCAAGACCUCGAAUAUUGCCCGCGAGGCAGCACUGGCUGCUGGAUUUAGCAAUAAGACACCUGCUCACACCGUCACCAUGGCCUGCAUCAGUUCCAAUGCGGCCAUUACCACCGGCAUGGGCUUGAUUGCCACCAACACGUACGAUGUGAUUGUGGCCGGAGGUGUGGAGUUCAUGUCCGACGUGCCCAUCCGCCACUCCCGCAAGAUGCGUUCUCUUAUGCUGAAGGCCAACAAGGCCAAGACCCUUGGCCAGCGCCUGUCGCUGCUCUCCACCUUCAGGCCGGGCUUCCUGGCUCCCGAGCUCCCUGCUGUGGCCGAGUUCUCCUCAGGUGAAACCAUGGGCCAUUCGGCGGAUCGCUUGGCUUCCGCUUUUAAUGUUUCGCGCAGCGAACAGGACGAGUACGCCCUGCGAUCCCACACGCUGGCAAAGGAGGCCCAAGAAAAGGGAUAUUUUACAGAUUUAGUGCCGUUCAAAGUCUCUGGCGUGGACCAGAUAGUGGACAAGGACAACGGCAUUCGUGUGUCCAGUCCCGAGAGUUUGGCAAAGUUGCGACCGGCGUUCGUCAAGCCAUAUGGAACUGUGACAGCGGCCAAUGCCUCUUUCCUCACAGACGGCGCCUCCGCGUGCCUGAUCAUGACCGAGGAAAAGGCCAAGCAGCUCGGCCUGAAGCCCAAGGCAUAUCUGCGGGACUUCCUUUACGUGUCGCAGGAUCCGGUUGACCAGCUGCUGUUAGGACCCGCCUACGGCAUUCCCAAGCUGCUGAAGAAAUCGGGACUCACCCUAAAAGACAUCGACUCGUGGGAGAUCCAUGAGGCAUUUGCCGGCCAAAUUGUGGCCAAUCUGAAGGCACUGGACUCUGACUGGUUCUGCAAAACGUACUUGGGCCUAAACGAGAAGGUGGGCACACCCGAUCUGUCCAAAUGGAACAACUGGGGAGGCUCCCUGUCCAUCGGUCAUCCCUUCGCCGCCACCGGUGUCCGCCUGUGCAUGCACACGGCCAACAGACUUGUGCGCGAGGACGGCAAACUGGGUGUGGUGGCUGCUUGUGCUGCUGGCGGCCAGGGCGUGGCCAUGCUCAUCGAGCGCUAUCCUGGCGCCACUGCCGACUGAAAUCGAAAUAAGAUCGACCGUAGCUUUUAUACACCUAUGAAUAUGCGUUAUUAUGAAUAAAGAAAUCUGAAUUUA